UCCAAAUUCAUAUAAUCAACCUUUUUACAUUAACCGGACCGUGCAACGAUAGCGUUUCACCUGUCGAUAAGAAUAACAGGAGAGAACCUGACCUGUGGGUUCAACUCUAUUCUACUACAUCUAUGCAGAUUGGAGUAACAGUCUCCCCUCUCCCCUCCCCUGUGUUAUGUUUGUACCCUGUUUUGUACCUUGCGCCGAUCGGUUAUUUUGGUGCAAUGACAAAUUAAACCGAAUUAGAGCGAUUCAGGGGGACCCUUCCACCGGACGGUCCGACAGAAAGCGGAUUUCUGCGGAGGUCUUCAUUUACGCGAUGAAGUAACAGGCUGAGCUACAAUGUCAAACUUCGCGAGCUGCCUCUGAUGAGACGAGGACGAUAACUCGCCAAGAGCGGUUUUUUUCCGAGAUCUGAGGGUUUCCCUUUGAAGACCGACAUGAAGUUCGCCCAGAUCAUGCUGAAGAACAGCUCGAAGCUGAACAUACCUAAACAAGUGGACCGAUUUUCGAAGUACUCUCCGUCCCCGCUGUCAAUGAAGCAGUUCAUUGACUUUGGAUCAGCCAAUGCCUGUGAAAAGACCUCCUUCAUGUUUUUAAGGCAAGAGCUUCCGGUCCGUUUAGCCAACAUCAUGAAGGAGAUCGACUUCCUCCCGGACAAACUGCUCAGCACUCCUUCACUGAAGCUGCUUCAAAGCUGGUAUGCGCAGAGUUUGAUGGAGCUUGUUGACUUUUUGGAGAAAGACCCUGAUGAUAAAAAAAUCCUAACUAAAUUCACAGAAACGCUGAUCAAUGUCAGGAACAGGCACAACAAUGUGGUGCCCACCAUGGCACAGGGAGUGCUGGAGUACAAGGAGGCCUUUGGCGUGGAUCCCGUGACCAAUCAGAAUGUCCAGUAUUUUUUGGACCGCUUCUACAUGAGCCGAAUCUCCACACGCAUGCUGAUGAAUCAGCACACGUUAAUCUUUGAUGGCAGCACCAAUCCAGCCCACCCCAAACACAUUGGCAGUAUUGACCCAAACUGUGACGUGGUGGAGGUUGUAAAAGAUGCCUAUGAGAGUGCCAAGAUGCUGUGCGAUCAGUACUACUUAACCUCUCCCGAAGUGGAAAUCAAACAAGUGAACUUUAAAGGACCCAGUGACCCUAUACAUAUAGUUUACGUGCCUUCUCAUCUGUACCACAUGCUCUUUGAGCUCUUCAAGAACGCAAUGAGAGCAACUGUGGAAACCCAUGAGACCAGCCUACAUCUCCCAACAAUCAAAGUGAGAGUUUCUCUAGGAAGCGAAGAUUUGACUAUCAAGAUGUCUGACAGAGGAGGUGGGGUUCCUUUGAGGAAAAUCGAAAGACUUUUCAGCUACAUGUAUUCAACUGCACCGAGUCCUGUGGCUGAAAACGGCCGUAAUGCUCCUCUGGCUGGCUUUGGCUAUGGUCUUCCUAUUUCCCGCCUUUAUGCCAAGUACUUCCAGGGAGAUCUGCAGCUCUACUCUAUGGAGGGAUACGGCACGUCGGCAGUCAUAUACCUAAAGGCCUUAUCCACGGAAUCAAUAGAAAGACUUCCCGUCUUCAACAAGUCAGCCUUAAGGCAUUAUCAAACGAGCACAGAGGCCGACGACUGGUGCAUCCCGAGCAGCGAGCCCAAGAAACUGGGAAAGUACGAGUUCAGUGUUUGAGAGGAAUGAGAAGCUCGUGAUAAACAUAAGGACCGAACAGGAUGAACUGUAGUGGGGUAACAAUCUCUGUGACAGUUGAGGUAUUUCAGACGCGUGGUUUCAUCAAAGGGUUGACAAUUGACUUUAUGAAUGUUACAGUAUGACUAACAAGGGCAUUCUCGUCUUCCACAUAUCACAUUGCUUAUAACACACCAUUUGCGGUGCUAACAUUCAGAGUUUCUUCUGCGAGGUCAGAGACUUCAGUCGAUUGUACUGAAGCUGACUGGUCGUUUGAGCACUUGUUGAUUCCUACACAUUACCACAGAUUCUGUAAGUGUUUUAGAGUAUGUGAACGUGUGUUUUAGUCAGUGGGGCCAAGUUACCAGCUUUGUGUGAGUUAUAUAGCAUGUAUUUACAUGUGUUUUUUUAUCACAGAUAUUUGGGAGAACAAUUUCCGAAUAUCUGAAAUUAACCAAGGCUUUAUAUAUUUCCUUGGUUAAAAAUGCAUUCACAGUGCAAAUACUAGAAUGACCAUAGUUGUGUGUUGCUUGACUGUGAUCUUAAAAUGUUUUUCUAACAGUUGGACCUACUGUCUAACACUCCAUUUAGUUUUGAGUGUAAAAAUGUGACGCUAUCGAUAAGGCCAAAUCAUUUCGUCAACAUGCAAGAGUGACUUCACUGACCGUAAAAACAUUAAAUUUAAUUUGACACUCUAUCUAAUAUGUAGUAAUAAUAGAUUGUGUCAGAAGAAACACAGGUUCGUUGCUAUGUUAUUGAUUUAUUUAAGACUGUUUAGAUGGAUCAGACAGUGUUGCUUUUUAUGACCACAAAAAUGUAUGUGACAACAGCUUCUGGCUGAACAUUUCAGGUAUUCUGUAUGAACAAAAAAUGACAUGUAGCUCUAUUUGAUUCUCUUUUUUUUUUUAGCAUGAAAACACUGAAGAGGCGAUAUUUUCGUUAUUUUCAUUUACGUAUAAAUGAAAGAUGAAAUGGCUUGUUUUUAAAUAUAUUAUCUCAGGAUUGUGCUGAUUUGCCUUUCUAGUUUUGUCUGUUUUUGUUUUGUUUCAUUUUAAUUUUACUGUAAUAUUUGCAAAGUCGGCUCGUCGAAAGCAAUGUGAAGGACCUGUAUGAAUUUUAAGGGAACUCAAGUGGCAGCAGCUGUUCUGUUUCAAGAGACACUCAUCAGACUCUGGGUGGCUUUCAGCUGCUAGCAGUUUGCUCUGCUAACAUGUAUUUGCCUCGUUCAGAGAUGGAAGUAUUUAGACAAACCUCAAUAGAUCAUUUGCACAUUUCAAGCUAUAAUCAAGAAUUGACAUGUUGAUGUUAUCCAUUCAUACCUCAUAAGCUUCAUUAGUAGUCAUGGAGAGCUUGGCGCACUCCUCCUCGUGAAAUCACACCUGCUUCUUGACGUGUCCUAGAUACACAGUCCUGUAUUCACAAAGAAGCAACUAUGUUAAUGGAUGCUCUGUACUAUUGAUGAAACUCACUCAUGCGGUGAGAGAGUGCCAUUUUCUGUACUAUUAAAACAAUGAAUGAAGAAAAAA